AUGAAAAAAGUGCCCUCUGGAUUCCAUGCGUUUUGGGCCGCCCUGAUCAAUGUGAUUCAUUGGCCGGGCUGCAAGACUGGCUGGCCGCUGCCCAGGGGUGCAACGGCUCCAGCUGACUGGACGCCAAAGAUGCGCGACACUGGCACCUGGCGGGCGAUGGAGGAUCUCUACGAGGCUGGAAAGGUGAAGGCGAUCGGCGUCACCAACUAUUCCGUCCGGCACCUCAAGCAGCUGCUGAAGACUUGCCGCGUGAAGCCCAUGGUGAACCAGGUAGAGUUCCACCCCCGCCUGGUGCAGACGGAGCUCCUGGAGUUCUGCGCCGAGCAUGGCAUCAGCGUCCAGGCCUACGCCUCGCUGGGCUCGGGAGACGCGAAGCAGGCAGAGAGUUUCUUCGCCUUCCCGGAGGUGCAGGCCGCGGCUGCCGCGCACGGCAUGACUCCAGCACAGGUGUUGUUGAGGUGGGCUACGCAGAAGGGUUGCCACGUGGUGCCCAAGUCGUCAAAUCCCAAGAGGAUCAAGGAGAAUGCCGACAUCUUCGGCGCGAAGCUGACCAAGAGCGAGAUGAAGGCCAUCGACGCCCUGCACACAGGGACGAGGUAUGCCUGGAAGGGCUUAGAUCCUGACACCAUCAAGUGA